GCAGAUGACAAGGCACAGCUGGCGAAGCGUGUUGAGCGAAUUGAGACCCGGCUGGCUGACCAGGCGCUUGCCGCUGGUAACUUCAAGUCGGGCCUGGAAAUGGUGAGGCAGACCAUUGAGAAGCUGAAGACCACCGUCGUGCCUGCUUGCCACGUCGCCACGAGCCAGCCUGUAGAGCAGAUCCGCUCUCACCUGCGAGCUGUCGAGGAAGAGUUGGUUCAGCUGAAGAGCCGCACCGAACACUUGGAGUCGUGUGCGGCGAGGCGACCGCCCCCAGUGCAGAUCCUGCGUGCUGCUGCGUUGACAGAUGUUGCGCCCAAGCCAGAGGAAGUGGCUGGCAAGCUUACAGAAUUUCGCCGAACCCUCCUUGAAGCAGAUGCUGAGGAGAUGCCCCAGUCCCAGUCCGAAGAACAUGGUCCAGGUGGCAGCGAGGUGCCCCAUGCUGCCUUCACCACCCUACAGAUCGCCUUAGACAGCUUCGAAGAAGUGCUUCUACAG